CCGCCUCAUCUUCACCAUCAUCUUCUUCAUCACCUUCAUCUUCACCUGUUUAAGCGUCGAGGGAAACUUCAACACUGUGAAGAAGAUGGACUACUCAGAAGACCAAAACUACCAGUCAGACGACGACUACAACAACACCGAUUACGAACUGAUCGGACCGUGUUCGCACCAGAACAACCAGAGCGUGGAGCAGGUGGUCGGUCCGUACGUCCACUCCAUCAUCUGCAUCCUGGGCUUCGUGGGUAACAGCCUGGUGAUCGUCACCUACGCCUUCUACAAGAGGACCAAGUCCAUGACGGACGUGUACCUGCUGAACGUGGCCGUGGCCGACCUGCUGCUCGUGGCGUCGCUGCCGCUCAUCGUCUACAACGAGCUGUCGGCGUGGUCGAUGGGCCCGGUGGCCUGCAAGCUGCUGCGCGGCUCCUACAGCGUGAACCUGUACAGCGGCAUGCUGCUGCUCGCCUGCAUCAGCACCGACCGCUACAUCGCCAUCGUCCAGGCCCGCCGCAGCUUCCGGCUGCGCUCUCUGUCCUACAGCCGCCUCAUCUGCGCCGUGGUGUGGGCGGCGGCCUUCCUGCUGUCCGUCCCCACCUUCUACUUCUACAACUGGUACGAGCCGACCCACAGCAUCGACGCCUUCAUGGAAGAGGACGAGGCCAACAGGACCGCCGGGCCUCCACAGUACGUGUGCGAGUUCCAGUUCCUGGACAACACCACGGCCUGGAGGACCAAGGUGGCGGUGCCCGGCACCCAGCUGGCCGUGGGCUUCUUCCUGCCGCUGCUCGUCAUGGUGUUCUGCUACAGCGCCAUCAUCGCCACCCUGCUGAGAGCCAGGAACUUCCAGCGGCACAAGGCGGUGCGGGUGGUUCUGGCCGUGGUGGUGGUGUUCGUGGUCUGCCACCUGCCCUACAACCUCACGCUGUUCUACGACACCACCACCAUGUUCCAGCUGCACAGCUGCGAGGAGUCGGACCUCCUGCAGACGGCCAAGACGGUGACGCAGACCGUGGCCUACCUGCACUGCUGCCUGAACCCGGUGCUGUACGCCUUCGUCGGGGUGAAGUUCAGGAACCACUUCAGGAAGAUCUUCCUGGACCUGUGGUGUCUGGGGAAGAGGCACAUCGCCCCGCGUCGCUUCUCCAGAGUCACCUCCAAGAUCUACGUGUCCACCCAGCGCUCGGUGGACAGGUCCAGUGAGAACGGCUCGUCGUUCACCAUGUGAGACCAGAACCUUCCUCCUGGGCCUCCUGGAUCUGAGGCCUGCCGGACUGGACUCGGUCCUGUAAAUCAGCUGUUUGCUUCCAGCUGUGGUUCUCAAUCGGAUUCACCAAAAGUUAAAUCUGAGAAAUGAGACCAAAAAAAUAUAUUUUUUAAAUCCGAUAAAAGUUUCUAAAGAAUCAACCUGAGAAGGAAACGUAUCACAGCGGAGAGACGGCAACAAAACUGUGCUUUAAAGAGUCCACAACCAGAACCACAACCAGAACCACAACCACAACCACAACCACAACCACAACCCUCUUUUUAAACUUCAGAACCACCUGAAGGUUCUAAACGUUCCUCUUUUAUACUUCUAUCUGAGCCGCUCUCACCAGAUGAACGAUAUUUAUCCGUCAGCUGUGAUUGGUUGAUCCUCAUCACAUGACGCCGCAACGGUCCAAAGUUUGCUUUUGAUCUUUUUUCGUACGCUUGUGUUGGCGCGCCCUCCUUAAGCCCACUAACCUGUUCUGAACGAAACCCGUCUGCUGUCAGGGUUCAGGGUUCAGGGUUCAGGGUUCACAUCAGAAUAUCUUCAGAGACUAAAGAUGGUGGUUUUGCUUUUGGUUCAGUAUUAAUAAGUUAAAACAGUUUAUUCUCUCAGCCCGUAAACAAACAUUUAACCCUCUGACAUCUGUGUGAACUAGAAAGGCCAGAACCCAAACCUUCAAAAUAAAAUACAGGAAGUGGUUUCAAACAGAAAGAUGAUAAAAUAAAACAGGACAUUUUUAAAUCGUUACAAUAAU